GCGCCCUGCCCGGAGGCUAGUCCCGCCGCCUGAGCGGCCCGCACCUGCAGCCGUCCCUCAGUCCGCCGCCUCUGAGCCCGCGCGUAAUGCUGCCGCUGCUGCUGCUGGUGCUGGGACCCGGACUCGGGCUCGGCGCGGCUUCCUGGAGGUCACAUGUGCACCGGCGUGGGCUUCUAGAAUUGGCAGGGACCAUGAACUGUGUUGGCACCCGCAACCCCCUGUCCUACAUAAGCUACGGCUGCUACUGUGGCCUGGGUGGCCAUGGCCAGCCCCGGGAUGCCAUCGACUGGUGCUGUCAUCGGCACGACUGCUGCUACACGCGUGCCGAGCAGGCCGGAUGCAGCCCUAAGGUGGAGCGGUACUCGUGGCAGUGCGUCAAUCAGAGCAUCGUGUGUGGACCCGCGGAGAACGAAUGCCAAGAAAUCUUGUGCAGGUGCGACCAGGAGAUCGCUAACUGCUUAGCCCAGACUGAGUACAACCUAAAGUACUUACUGUACCCGCGUUUCUUGUGUGAGACAGACUCGCCCAGGUGUGACUGACCAGCCUGACGUGGAAUGUUCUUUUGCACGAGGAAAUAAAACUCUUUUUCACUCAUCAGCAGCUGCGUUCAGUUCUUGGCAGGAGGGAACGGAGGCCGAGUGUGAAGGCUGCAACCCUUGUUUGCUUUCUCUCCCGGAACUUGGGCCGGAGCCUGUGUGGUUUCCAGUUGAAGGUCAAAAGUCCCAUGCUUAUUUUAUACAAACCACAACCGUGCUUGUGGCUGUAUUGGGUUUGGUGCCAUUUUUGAGGCUCGCCCUUUAUAUGAAAAGGGCUGAACUUGGUCUUCUAUCCUGCUCCUGAUGGCGGGUGGUCAAACGUGAAGGAACACCCACCGUGUGCCUGGCCUGGCUCUGGGUUUCCGGACGAGGCCGUAAACAAGGUGCUCGCUCUUGGGAAGAUCUAGUCUAGGAGUUAGGAGCUUAAGAAAGAAUAUUCUUUCCCAUCCCUCUCUGCCUAAUGGUUGAACUUCCUGAUUACAGAAGUGGUAUAUAGUCAGUGUUUACAAAGAUAAAGGAAAACAAAGACAAAUAUAAAGGAGGGAGAAAAAUCACUUCCACGAUCCAGAAAAACUACUUGUGGCAUUUCUGUGUGCUACUGUCAUUGUUUUCUGUAAUGUUCAAAAA